UUAAAAAAUGUCUCUUUCUCUUUACAGCCCAUUUGUUUCGACUGGAUACUCCCACUGGAACCACCCAAACCAUAUCCCGCCGCCGACGACGACGUCUGCCUUGCCACCGUCACUGCGUCAACGGAGAAGAGAACUAAGAAGCGUCUUAAUUCGCUCGUUGGAUCAAAUGGAAGUUAGUGGCGUAGAUUCCGAGGGUAAAGAGUUCAACAGCGCACAAGAGAUGUGGAGAGAAGCAAUCGGUGAAGAAGGAGAUGAAACGAAGAAGACCCAAUGGUACAGAGACGGAGUUUCUUACUGGGAAGGUGUUGAGGCUUCUGUUGAUGGAGUAUUAGGAGGAUAUGGGCAUGUGAAUGACGCUGAUAUUACAGGAAGUGAGGUUUUUCUAAAGACUCUUAUGCAAGAGAGAUUAGUCAAUGGAGGAACAAAUCAGCAUCUAGUGGCUCUUGAUUGUGGUUCUGGCAUUGGAAGGAUCACUAAGAAUCUUCUGAUACGGUACUUCAACGAGGUUGAUCUUCUUGAGCCUGUAGCGCAGUUUCUUGAUGCUGCACGUGAGAAUUUGGCAUCUAUUGGCUCAGAAACGCACAAAGCAACUAACUUUUUCUGUGUACCUCUUCAGGAGUUUACUCCAGCUGCUCAAAGGUACGAUGUCAUAUGGGUUCAAUGGUGCAUUGGGCAUCUCACUGAUGAUGAUUUUGUUUCUUUCUUCAACCGGGCAAAGGGUUGCCUUAAACCCGGUGGGUUUUUUGUCGUGAAAGAGAAUCUCGCUAAGAAAGGAUUUGUUUUGGAUAAAGAGGAUCGUAGCAUCACCAGAUCCAAUCCAUACUUUAAAGAGCUCUUUCGACGAUGUGGGUUACAUCUCUAUCAAACGAAGGAUCAGAAGGGUCUUCCUCAAGAGUUAUUUGCUGUAAAAAUGUAUGCUUUGACGGUUGAUAUACCACCCAAAGUCCACAAAACCAGGUCGAAAACUCGCGGCAACAGACCACAAAUUAUCAAAUGAUAAAAAGCUUCUGGUUUGAUUUUUACGAGUUUUAAAUCUUGAUUUAAAGAGAAGCUAUCAAAGAUGUGUGAAUCAAGGCUUGUCUGCUUCACGAAUGGUUCACAGCCACGUAGUUUGGUUUUGGCAUGUUCGAAUCUCCUGUCCUCACCUUAAUUUAAGCACCUUAUUGUUUGUUGUCUGAUAAUUUGUCCGAGCUUCAUGAUAAAUGGACUAGAAUUUUCACAUUAGCUAGAGGAUAAUGAUACUCUUCGAAUGAUGAUUUGUAACCUGAAUCGUAGUUGCUCCA